CCUCCCCUUUUGUGUUCAUCACUGUAGACUUGCCCCUUUAUGUUGCGAACCCACCCGUCAUUAUAGCUUGGUCUGCAGGAGUCCCCCGUACUCCCGUUCCGUCCACUUCACACUUUGAGGCGGCCGCAUCUUUUCCAUUUCAAACCCUUCUCCGAUCCUUCUGCUCUCUCGAAUGCUACUGCCGUUGCUUCCUUCGGCGAUCUGAUCGAACUUUCUUUUGGUUUUGUACGAUCUCAGCUUCUAACUGAAGCCGAAGAGGCGAUCGCCCGUUUGCUUCCCUCAUCCCCCACGAAAGGUUCAGGACACGAAAGGUUGAAUGGGGUGUGUCCAGGGCAAGCGCUGUGGCCGCUACAAGAAGCGCUGCAGCAGCAGCUGCUGCCACUACCAACCCUCCUCCAUCUCCACCGACGCCACCGAUCCCUUUAGGAUCCACGAAACGGACUCCUCGCGCGGUCUCCCCCUCCACGCGCUCUCCGGCGGCUUUGCGGUCGUCCCCUCCGCCGGUAUCUGCCUACGGUACGCCUCCCUCACGCAGCGUGGCCACUAUCCUGACUCGCCCGACCGCGCUAACCAGGACAGCUUCUGCGUGAAGACCGGCUUCCAGGCCAACCCCGAUCUCCACUUCUUUGGCGUCUUCGAUGGACACGGCCAGUUCGGCACCCAGUGCUCCGUGUUCGUCCGUGACAAGCUCGCAGACAUCUUGUCCGGCGAUGCUCACCUGUCGGAGGAUCCCGUAGAAGCCUAUCACUCCGCUUUCCUGGCAGCCAAUUCGGCGAUUCAUGACAGCGAGAUCGAUGAUUCGAUGAGCGGCACGACCGCGAUCACUGUUCUUGUAGAUGGGAACACGCUCUAUGUUGCGAAUGUGGGGGAUUCACGGGCUGUGGCCGGAGUUUGGAAUGGUAAUCGUGUCAUGGCCGAGGACUUAUCGAGUGAUCAGACGCCGUACAGGAAGGAUGAGUACGAGAGGGUGAAGCUCUGCGGGGCGAGAGUGUUGAGUGUUGAUCAAGUGGAGGGCAUUGUGGAUCCUGAUAUACAGAGCUGGGGUGAUGAGGAGGAUGGUGACGGGGAUCCACCAAGGCUGUGGGUGCAAAAUGGCAUGUACCCAGGGACGGCUUUCACAAGGAGUGUGGGAGACUCGACGGCAGAGAGUAUAGGAGUGAUCGCUGAUCCGGAGGUUAAGACUGUGAAGAUCACACCAAACCAUCUCUUCUUUGUUGUGGCAAGUGAUGGCAUAUUUGAGUUUCUAUCAAGUCAAGCGGUGGUAGAUAUGGUUUCCAGGUUUGCUGAUCCUCAGGAUGCCUGCUUGGAAAUUGCUUCUGAAUCUUACAAAUUGUGGUUAGAGAAUGAAAACCGGACAGAUGAUAUAACAGUUAUUGUUGUGCAGAUCAGAAACAUCAGUGAUUCAUAUGCUGCUGCAAAUGAUGGAGCUAUCCAAACCAACAACAACAAUGCUUCUCUAGAUCCAGGUAAAUUAAAAGUUGAGAGGUACAUAGUCUCACGAUCAGAAGUUAAUCUCUCAAAGAAAAGCAGCUGUCUCGAGCUGCAGUCGUGCCUUCCUGACUGCUCAGUGGAUCUAAGUUCUGCACGUGCUGCCCCUUCAACUCAGUCUUUCCAUUUAAAUGCGAUUAAUUCGGACUGACUGGAGUUAAAUGGUACUAUAUAUAUGCCUUCAAUUUUGGUACUGGGAAGCACUACUCUACUAAUGACUUGUAAAAUUUUAAACGAUAAUUAAAUGUGUUCUUCCACUUACAUCAGAAUGCACAAAAAAAGACCCAUACACUCUUUCGUCGGUGACAUUUUCAGUGACAUUCUAGGCCCUUCUGUAUAUGGACUUUGCUAUCUCUUCCGCUGUGCAAAUGAGGCAGAGCCACUUCAAGCAAAAUGAAACUCCCUGACCUUUAGAAGGACUUGCUUUGGCAUCUUCAUUGUCUAUGACCAGCUAAUUCUGUCAGCAUAGGCGAUACAAAUAGCAGAAUGCCAGAUCGGGUAGCUGAGGCCUGCAAUAUGGUAAGGUGCAUUCGUAGAAGAAUGUGGCGAAGUCAUGGGGUUGCAAAUAUGAGUUUGAAUUGAUCGCUUGGUGGCUGGCUGGAUGUGAGCUUUACCAUCUUUUAUCGAACCAGAGAGAAGCAAAAAACUUGAAAAUAUUUCUAGGACUCUUGUUAUCUUGGUAUCUGGUAACAGUAUAAUAGCGGUAGUGGCUACAUAAUGAUAUUUUUUAAUUAAAAAAAAGGACAAUGAGGCCUUAAGGGAGGAACAAAAUUUUUUUUUUGUGGAAAAAAUAACCAAUGUUUUGGAGGAAUACCCAGUAAUCAAUGGUUAUGAUCGCACAAUUUAGCUCAUUCAUGUAUUAUUAUUUUCCACAAAGAAAAAAUAAAUGAAUGAGCUAAGCAACCCAAGCCAAUGUCACUUGUUUUGAACAGGUUGUCCCAAAUCCGAGCCCAGUUCAGAGGAGACUCGAGUCAUACCGUGUCAUUGGGGUUGAGUCUUCCUGUGUCGGAUGAGAUCGGAAUCUCGGGUUCCAAUCCCUAAAACCCUUUUCCCACUUCGUGGCUCACGCCAUGGCGGAGCGUUUCGGUGUUCCCAGGCGGAGCUAAGAACCCGAAACCCUGCCGAUUCCUUCUUCCCCUUGACAUACGAAGAAAGGGAUUCGAAAUCGAUUGAUGGCAUCUCCGAGAGAUUCAGGCGCAGCGCAGCUCCCACCGGCGGCUUCUUCUCCUCCUCCGCUCCACGCCAUGGACGCCGACGAGGAAGACGACAACGUGAAGCAACUUAAGGAGUGCGCCACCCUCUACUUGUCCCUUCAGGAGUGCCUCGCCGAGACCAACAGGAAUUGGAAGUCCUGCCAAUCCUAUGUUCAAGCAUUAAAAGCAUGCCAUACAAGAAGAAACCCUAGUGAGCAGAAGUGAAGACUAGCUAUAGUGAAUAACCCAGCUGCAGCCUCACAACAUCAUGAGCACUCGCAAAUAUGAACAUACUACUGACUUAUAAUAAGCUCUAUUCUUCUGACUCGCAGCAGAUUUCUCUGUGAAUUUUUGUUUCAAGGACUUCACCACAUGAAACACUACUGAGUUGUUUGCUUGUUUCAUGAGUUCUCAUUAGCAAAGGGAAAACCAUUUGCACACUUUGAUUGCAACGGAAAUGAGACUUGCAUAAUUUGCUUCACUUAGCUAUAUUGAAGUUGACAAUGAAAAGUGAAAUGACAAUAAAUUGGUUGUCACCACCCCACUUAUUUGUGAA